CCACAGUUUUCAGCUCAGCACACUUAGAAACAUUGCUUGUUUCAACUUCUUUUCGGUCUGCUUUGGAACAGCGAUGCUGCCCAAUUCAACUUCAGCUUUCCUUCUCCUAAGCGUCCUCCUUGUUCACUCCUCUGUUCUGUCCUGUCGGAUCGGGACCCAAACAGAGUGUGAUGCUGCUCCUUUUGUACCAGGCCACAACCUGGUGGGGGAAGGUUUUGAUAUCGUCACAAUGCAGAGAAAAGGAGCUCACGUGAUUGAUUUGAAGACUUACCUGAGCCCCAGCAAAACCUGUAAACUCUGCAGCAACCCUCUUCAAAACGAUACUUACCAAAAACUUCCAUCUUCUGUUGUGGACUGGAGUACCAUCAGUCAAUGCAGUGGUGACAUCGUCAGCAGUUAUCACACCUCUGCUAGCUCUCUGGUUCAGGCUUACACAUCCCAAGACACCAAUGAUUGGACGGGUGGCUUGGAAAUUGAAAAGUUUUUGCUUGACAACUUCGAUGUGGGAGGAACCGGCUCCAAUACCUACAAGUUUGUUUCACAAAAGAUCAAAGAGGAUCGCUACACUUUCAGCAUACACAGUGUCACCUGCAGUCAUUAUGGGUAGGAUGGAAAUUAGACUUUUUUCAUUAAG